AAAAAAUAUAUGCAUAUAUAUACUAGUUUUAUAGUUUAUUAUCGAAUAGUUUAAUAUACGAAGCCAUAUAAUAUAUAGUUUCGUAUUUUCAUACAAUAUAUAGAUAUGUUCAUUCUAUAUUUACUUUUUUUUCUUUGCUUGUCAGAAAUCUCAGCGGAUUCGAUUCCUUAUUCAAACAAGGAAGUGGCCCGCUACAGGAAAAAGGUAUUAAGCCAGUUUGAUUUUGACAUUUAUAAUUUUUGUGUCACUAGAACGGGAGUUCGUCCAGAAAUUAUAGCAUUUAUGAUAGGUUUUCUAGAUGUAAGAGAAGAUGAUAAAUUGAAAAAGUUUUUACAUUGUUUUACCAAUAAGAAUCUGUUAGCAAGCGAGAUUGGAUAUGUUAAUUAUAAUAAUUUAAUGACUUACCUUAACAACUUCGAUUUAAGACAUGAAUCGGAAAAUAUGGAGACAUUGGAUAAAUGCGUCAGAAAUAGAGGUGCUGGAAAUGAAAAUAUAUUUAAAACUGUAAAAUGUAUCUUUGACCAAUUUCGUGAAUAUGAAGUUAGUCCAAUGUGGAAUGAGGUUUAUAGGGCUCUUAUAUAAAUAAAAUGGAAAAUAAAAAAAAAAAUCAAUUGAAAACCAGA